AUGGCUGACCACCUUUUACAUUAUAAUGACUCAGCUGGGGUCGGGAAUCGAUUCGCCCGCAAAGGUGCUUUGCGACAGAAAAACGUGCAUGAAGUGAAAAACCACAAAUUUACAGCGAGGUUUUUUAAGCAGCCCACGUUCUGCAGCCAUUGCACAGACUUCAUAUGGGGAUUUGGGAAACAAGGAUUUCAAUGCCAAGUUUGCUGUUUUGUGGUCCACAAACGCUGCCAUGAGUUCGUCACCUUCUCCUGUCCUGGAGCUGACAAAGGACCUGACACAGAUGACCCAAGAAGCAAGCACAAGUUCAAGAUCCACACGUACGGCAGUCCCACCUUCUGCGACCACUGCGGCUCUCUGCUGUACGGACUCAUACACCAAGGGAUGAAAUGUGACACCUGUGACAUGAAUGUGCACAAGCAGUGUGUGGUCAACGUGCCGAGCUUGUGUGGGACGGACCACACGGAGCGUCGGGGUCGCCUCUUUCUCAAGAUCGAAGUCAGCAUGGACAGAUUACACGUCACAGUGGGUGAAGCCAGGAACCUCAUUCCAAUGGAUCCAAACGGUUUAUCGGACCCCUAUGUUAAACUCAAGCUCACGCCUGACCCAAAGAACGAGACCAAACAGAAGACCAGGACCAUCCGCUCCUCUCUCAACCCCUGCUGGAAUGAGUCAUUCACCUUUAAGCUGAAAGCAUCAGAUAAGGACCGCCGUCUGUCGAUUGAGAUCUGGGAUUGGGACAGAACCACCCGGAACGACUUUAUGGGCUCCAUGUCGUUCGGAGUAUCUGAGCUGAUCAAAGCUCCCAACUGUGGAUGGUACAAGUUGCUAAACCAGGAGGAGGGCGAGUAUUACAACGUCCCCAUUCCUGAGGUGGAUGACGUCAACCUGGAGCUCCGGCAGAAGUUUGAGAAAGCCAAGCUGGGUCACGGUAAGAAAGUGAUCACGCCGUCAGACCACCGGCGGUUCAGCCUGCCCUCAGGUAACAUGGACAGGGUCAGGCUGAGUGACUUCAACUUCCUGGCCCUGCUGGGGAAGGGCAGCUUUGGCAAGGUCAUGCUAGCGGAGAUGAAGUCAACAGAAGAGCUGUAUGCAAUCAAGAUCCUGAAGAAGGACGUCGUGAUCCAGGAUGAUGAUGUUGAAUGUACAAUGGUGGAGAAGAGAGUCCUGGCUCAGAGGGACAAACCGCCUUUCCUCACACUGCUCCACUCCUGCUUCCAGACUGUGGACCGGCUUUACUUUGUGAUGGAGUACAUCAACGGAGGGGACCUGAUGUAUCACAUUCACCGUAUGGGCAAAUUCAAGGAGCCACAGGCCGUAUUUUAUGCUUCAGAGAUUGCCGUCGGUUUGUUUUUCUUGCACAGAAAGGGAAUCAUCUACAGGGAUCUGAAGCUGGACAACGUGAUGCUGGACUCUGAAGGUCACAUAAAGAUUGCAGACUUUGGCAUGUGUAAGGAGAACAUGUAUGAAGGCAUGAGCACACGCACCUUCUGCGGCACCCCCGACUACAUUGCACCAGAGAUUAUAGCCUACCAGCCGUAUGGAAAAUCAGUGGACUGGUGGGCUUAUGGAGUUCUUCUAUAUGAGAUGCUGGCAGGACAGCCUCCAUUUGAUGGAGAGGACGAAGAUGAGCUCUUCCAGUCCAUCAUGGAGCACAAUGUGUCCUACCCAAAGUCCAUGUCUAAAGAAGCUGUGUCCAUCUGCAAAGGACUGAUGACCAAACACCCGUCAAAGCGUCUCGGCUGUGGCCCCGAGGGGGAGAGGGACAUCAGGGAGCAGGCCUUCUUCAGACGCAUCGACUGGGAUCGUCUGGCCAACAAAGAGAUCCAGCCGCCAUUUAAACCCAAAGUGGGUGGCAAAGGAGCAGAAAACUUUGACAAGUUCUUCACACGUACACAGCCCGUGCUGACCCCUCCCGACCAGCUCGUCAUCGCCAACAUUGACCAGAGCGAGUUUGCUGGCUUCUCCUACAUGAACCCUCAGUUCAUCCACCCUUCCCUGCACAGUGUGGUAUGAGGAGAGAGAGCAGAAAACACUAAAGCAUGGACUACAGGAUCCUUCUAAACUCAAACAAACAUCCCGCUGUCAAAAGACUUGCAUCAUCCUCUAAAGUAUUCUGUCUCGUUAUCGAUAUCUGUGUGCAGAAAUGACUGAGGGGAGGGCAGCAAAGUGUUAAAAUGAUGUCUUUUGCUGGAGAAAGUACAGAGCACUACAAUUUCACAUAAUUUUCCGAGGCUUCUUUUAAUCCGUUCUCUGUUCUCUAUCUAGUUCUUUAAACCUUCAGCCGUUUUUUCUUGUAAUUGAAUGCGUCUAUCAGUCAUUUAGGUAUGGAUUAUACAAGUGUUUUUCUUCUCAUCCCAAAAACUCAUGUUCCCAGUCUUACUACGCAAGAAGCUGAACACAGGACAGGAAAGGAAAGGAACGUAUUAUUUUGUUAUGUCUCUGCUUUACUAAAUUUUGAACUGCUAAACUUACUUUAUAUUUCUACACAACAGAAAAGAGAUAGUCUACGGUUACAUGAGUGCCAAAGUAAUGUAGAAGUGGAAAAAAAACUAAUUUCUACUGCAGUUCUUAGAGUCUUUGUAUUUUUUUCCCCCCUUUGACUUUCCAAAAUCUGUCAGCACACUGAAAACCCCAAACAGUAUGCUGAUCAUAUAUGAUUCAGUUAUUUUAAAGGACAUGGAUGAUCAGUGUUUUAACUCGUUACACUGAAACAAAAGCACAUUAUUCUAACAGUUACAGGCUGUCAGGUUUUGUCAGUGCAGAGUGAAUGCAGGGUGAGUUCAGGGUCAGAAAAACGUGGGUCAAAGAGAUAAUGUUUUAAGUAUAAAGAUGCUUUUUCCAUAUGCACAAAGCAGAUCUCUGUUGCAUGCUUAUUUUCUGACUCUGUCUGAGCAGUAGACUCUAGGAUGCAGUACAUGUCUGGUAUCAGUGUAAAGUUUAGUAUUAAAGAUAUAAACUAUGUUAAUAUAUAACUGUUGUAUGUUUUGAAGAGUCUUAUUCUGAAGAAAACAUCUUUAAAGGUUUUAUUCCUGUUUUACGUUCUGCUUUAACCAGAGAGAGACGUCUUACCCUCUAUUCUUUGUCGACCUUUAUUUUGUAAAUAUGUUUCAGGAAGAGAAGUUACUUGCAGAUUUUAUACUACAAACUGAAUGUGCUUUUACUACCGUAGACCGAUUGAACAUUUCUAUGUUUAGUUUACUCCUGAGAAGUGAAACGUUUGGCUGAAUCUUUGGUAGCUUUGGUAUCAGCAAAACCUUGUUACAUGUAUUUCCACUAUUUAUCUAUUGUUUUCUACUACUCAGUGUCAUGGCGAAUAUGCAGCAACUACAGUGUGUGAAACGUUCGAAUGCCCUCUUGCCUUGGUCGUCUCAGGACCGACUCCUUCUGUAACAAAUGAAUCAAAACUAACUUUCAAGGGUUUUAGAGUUGUCUUUUCUCUCUUGCAUAUAUUGUGUGCAUGCGUGAGGCAAGGCCUGAUCUUAGCAUGAGAAAGACUCCUUGCAUGAUACAGAGACCCCCCUCUCCUGGUGUGGAGCAUGGAGUUUCCCCACAUAUAGUCAUGCAGAAUGAGACAAAACCUGCCCAAUGAGAAUUGUGCGCUUUCCCGCUCUUUGUCUCCUCUUAUUCGCUGUCAUGUAGCCUAACCUGUUUGGACUCUAAGCUGAAUUAUUAACAGACAAAUAUCUGUACAAUGCUUCUGUUGUUUUUUUGUUACCUGGUGCCAAACAGUUCUUUCCAGUCAGGUGUGUCGAGCAGUGUUUUUUUUCUUCCUGAGGCACACAAAGCUUCAACAGUGAGGUUUCACAAAACUGCCAAAUUUACAAAACCUGCAGUUCUAUAGUUUAUUUCACAUGGAAACUGAAGUCACAGCUGUCACAUCUGGACCAAAAUGAGGUUUCAAAGAAAAGUGAAUGUUUACAUGUCUCACAUUGAGAAGCUUUAUUGGAGGAGAGGAAACAUACAAACAAACAAAAAACAACCUCCGGACCCAUGACAGAGGUAAUGAAACGUCAGGCCAGUCAGGGUACAGAACCACUACAGGCUACAAUCACAGCCACAGGGAUGUUUGUAUGUGUUUUCUUUCUGUGCCCCUGCUUUUGUUUACCUGAAUCUUCUUGUUCCUCUGUUCAUUGUGGUAUGAUGAAUACAGUGUACAAAUAAAGUAUAGAAAAUA